AUGUCGUCGGCCCAUAAUAUCCCACUGAAAACCCUCUCGGCGCUGCGCAUGCUGGUCGGGGCGUCGUGCCUGCUCGUCCCGCGCCAGGCUGGCGUGCUCUUCGGCAUCCCGCUGGCGCCGGGGGGCGCGGAGGCGGUGCUCCUGGGCCGCAUGACGGGGGUCCGCGAUCUGGUUCUGGGCGCGUACCUGUGGAAGAGGGUCCGGGAGUGCGACGGGGAGGUUGGGAAGAAGAACGAGAAAGAGGGCGAAGAAGAGACUGGUACCGGCGAGGACGAUCCUAGCAGGACGCCAUUGCUGUUCAGCAAGUUCUCGUCCGGUACCACCAUCACUGCUAUCCAGAAGGACCGCAAAGAGGACAGAAACGCAGCAGCAUCAGCUAGGGACUCUGUGUCCCAGCCGCCCGAUCUCACCGCGGGCCUCGAACACGGUCAGGGCCCAGACGGACCUACCACGCUAGCUGGUCUGCGCCUGGCUCAGCGCGAAUCUGCCCUGCGCUCGGCAGUCUGGCUCGGCCUGAUCGUCGACACUAUCGACAUGGCCAGCGUCAUUUUCUGCUCUCUCGAAGGCAAUCCGCUCUCUGAUCUCGCCAAAGUGACCGUGGGUGGAGGCGCCGCGGUUUUUGUGCUGAUAGCGGCACAGUAUCUCGUUGCCCACAGGCGAGGCUGA